AUGAAGUUCGGCGAACAGCUCCGUUCGAGCAUCAUUCGCGAGUACCAAUGGUACUACAUCGACUAUGAUGCCCUCAAGGCCGACCUCAAGACCGCCACCGGGCUCAUCACGCCCACUGACAAUGGCAAGGGCAAGGGCGGGAAGCGCGAGUGGUCCGAGGAGGAUGAGGGCCGCUUCGUGAAGAAGCUCGAAGCCGAGCUCGACAAGGUCCACACCAAGCAACAGGUCAAGGCCAUGGAGAUCUCGAGGCGCAUUGCUGUAAGCGAGCGCGAGGUCAAGAGCGUCGUCAACCGCCUCGUCGAGCGUGGCCCCCGUGAGGACGGCCCGAGCGAGGAAGAGUUCAUGCUGCUGGAGGAGGACUUGAGCGACAUUAUUGCCGAUGUGCACGAUCUUGCCAAGUUUGUCCAGCUCAACUAUACUGGAUUCUAUAAGAUUAUCAAGAAGCAUGACAAAACCACUGGCUGGCACCUCAAGCCUGUGUUCGACACCCGACUCAAAGCGAAGCCAUUUUACAAGGAAAACUAUGACGCUUCCGUGGUUCAGCUUUCCAAGUUGUACGACUUGGUCAGGACGAGGGGCAACCCGGUCAAGGGCGACAGCGCUGCUGGUGGCUCUCAGGGAAGCUUCGUUCGUAAUACGACAAAGUACUGGGUCCACCCGGACAACGUGACGGAGCUGAAGCUCAUUAUCCUGAAGCACUUGCCCGUGCUGGUCUUCAAUGCAAGCAAGGAAUUCGAGAUCCAGGACUCGGCCAUCACUUCCAUCUACUACGACAACCCGGAGACCUGGGAUCUGUACGAGGGCCGUCUGAAGAAGACGGAGGGUGCGGAGGCCAUCCGUCUGAGAUGGUACGGUGGAAUGCAGAGCGAGAACAUCUUUGUAGAGCGCAAGACCCAUCGCGAGGACUGGACCGGCGAGAAAUCCGUCAAAGCGCGAUUCUCGGUCAAGGAGAAGAAUGUCAACGCUUACAUGCGCGGCGAGCUUCUCCCCGCCGCUCUCUUCGAAAAGGCGCGCAAGGAGGGCAAGAAGCCCGAAAAGCAGAUUGCCGAGGACGAGAGACUCGCAAAGGAGGUCCAGUACUCGACUCUCAAAAAGGGAUACAAGCCGGUCUGCCGGUCCUUCUACAACCGCACUGCCUUCCAGCUCCCGGCUGACGCUCGAGUGCGAAUCUCGCUUGACACGGAGUUGACCAUGGUCCGCGAAGAUAAUUUGGACGGCCGUAAGAGAUCCGGCGACAACUGGAGGCGUAUGGACAUUGGUAUCGACUAUCCCUUUUCACAGCUACCACCCGAGGACAUUGUGCGGUUCCCUUACGCUGUUCUCGAGGUCAAGCUUCAGACGCAACUCGGCCAAGAACCUCCAGAAUGGGUUCGCCAGCUCAUUUCCAGCCAUCUCGUGGAAGCCGUGCCCAAGUUCUCCAAGUUUAUUCACGGAGUGGCUUGUCUCUUCCCCGACCGCAUCAACUUGCUUCCCUUCUGGAUGCCGCAAAUGGAUGUGGAUAUCCGCAAGCCAGUUACGCACGACUUUGGUAUCCACCGGCCCAACCAGUCGGCUACCACCACCACAUCAGACGAUGAUGAAGACGACGAACUAGACUCUGAUGACGAGGAGGGUCCUUUGGUUGCCAGUAAUAACGGCGCCACCAAUGGAGAGUCCAGCGGUCAGGGAGCUACCAGGAAUGGCGGGACCGCGCUCGAUGUCGAAGGCCAAACCGUUGAUACCAUUGCUCCUGUCGACAAUGAGGACUUUUUGUACGACUCUGACGAGGAGUACGAUGCUGACGAGGUCCUCGAGGAAGCCAGACGUGUUGGAGGCUGGACUUACUACAAGGCGCUUGCCUCUACAAAAGCACAAGCGUUUGGCGAACGCGCCGUGGAUGUGCUCAAGUGGACCGUGCCGCAUCCUCGCGGUUCUGUGAUUCCUAGACGAGAAGCGCAAACGACACUCUUCGGCUCGGGGGCUAUCCAGACCAAGAGGUACAAGGCUCCCAAGGGCAAGAAGAUUUACGUGCCAGUCCGCGUUGAACCCAAGGUUUACUUUGCGGCUGAGAGGACCUUCCUCGGUUGGCUCGAAUACUCCAUCUACGUCGGCACAGUGGCCGUCACGCUCCUCAACUUCGGCUCCAAGCCUACCAACGCGUCCUUCAUCGUUGCUGGAGUCUUUACACUCCUCGCCAUCUUGUCUCUCUGCUACUCCGUCGUUAUCUACCUGUACAGAAGCAACGCGAUCCGCAAUCGCAAGGCCGCCAAGUUUUACGACAAGUGGGGUCCCAGCGCCCUCUGCGCUUCGCUGUUCAUCGCCGUUCUGCUCAACUUUGCGUUUGAGGGUCGGGAACGAGCGUACUGGUGA